AUGACAUGCCAUUCAGAACCCAACGCUUCUGAGCCUAUGUCGUGGUCUCAGUUGAUCGCAACAAGGCCUCUCACCAAGGAAGAAGCCAAGCAACUGGGGGCACACUCUGGGAUAGCUGGAUUUAUCUUUGCUUUCAUAAUUGUGUUUACUUUGCUAGCCUGUAUUCCCAAGACGAAACCUCGAGAGCAGACAGCUACUAGGAUUAGAGCGGCUGCGGCAGGAACUCAAGAAGAAGCAACCGGCAUUCGAGAGGGGGUAAAGAAUUACAGAACGCUUCUUAUCAAACCAGACUUUCAAGCAAGAUCAUUACCAAAUCAGGAGUUCGGCUGUCGCCUUGGUAUCGAUAAUGCCUUCACAACUCUCGAUCCAGACCGGCACAAGGAAUUUGUGACGAGUACAAGACAACUUAUUCGCUUCACGGCUGAGCAAUGGGAGAGCCUUGCAGAGGCUGCCACAGCAAACAUCGAGGCCCAAGUCUCCAUGGUCGGGCCUGCACAAUCUCUCCCAUUGAAACCCACUGUUCAGCUCCUUGUCCUUCGCAUGUGUCUACUCUUGUUCUUCCCGGAUGUUCAAGAAAUCUCACACGACGAUCUGUUCUACCUGGCGACGUUAUCCACCCCAAAGCCUCGCCUGAACGCUUGA